AUGGACCUGAGGGAUUUUUACCUGUUGGCUGCUCUGAUUGCCUGUUUAAGGCUGGAUUCCGCAAUAGCUCAAGAACUUAUUUACACGAUUAGAGAGGAAUUGCCUGAAAAUGUGCCCAUAGGAAACAUACCAAAGGACCUGAACAUUUCUCACAUCAAUGCUGCCACGGGGACCAGCGCCAGCCUUGUCUACAGACUGGUUUCUAAAGCUGGGGAUGCCCCUUUGGUGAAAGUGUCCAGCAGCACUGGGGAGAUUUUCACAACCUCCAACAGAAUAGACAGAGAGAAGCUCUGCGCGGGCGCCUCCUAUGCUGAGGAGAAUGAGUGUUUCUUUGAACUUGAGGUGGUGAUCCUCCCCAACGAUUUUUUCAGGCUGAUCAAAAUAAAAAUAAUUGUGAAGGAUACCAAUGACAACGCCCCCAUGUUUCCAUCCCCGGUCAUCAAUAUCUCGAUUCCAGAAAACACUUUGAUCAACAGCCGCUUUCCAAUCCCAUCGGCCACAGAUCCCGACACAGGCUUCAAUGGGGUUCAGCAUUACGAAUUGCUAAAUGGGCAGAGUGUGUUUGGACUGGAUAUUGUGGAAACUCCGGAGGGGGAGAAGUGGCCGCAAUUGAUUGUUCAGCAAAACUUGGACAGAGAACAGAAAGAUACUUAUGUGAUGAAAAUCAAGGUGGAGGAUGGGGGCACCCCCCAGAAGUCCAGCACGGCCAUCCUGCAGGUCACAGUGAGUGAUGUGAACGACAACAGGCCGGUGUUUAAGGAGGGUCAGGUGGAGGUCCACAUCCCAGAGAAUGCUCCCGUGGGCACCUCUGUGAUUCAGCUCCAUGCCACGGACGCAGACAUAGGCAGCAACGCUGAAAUCCGGUACAUUUUUGGUGCCCAGGUCGCCCCUGCUACCAAAAGACUCUUUGCUUUAAACAACACCACGGGGCUCAUCACCGUCCAGAGGCCCUUAGAUCGAGAGGAGACGGCCAUCCACAAAGUGACAGUGCUGGCCAGUGACGGCAGCUCCACGCCCGCCCGAGCCACCGUCACCAUCAACGUGACCGACGUCAACGACAACCCUCCCAACAUAGACCUCAGGUACAUCAUAAGCCCCAUCAACGGCACGGUGUACCUGUCCGAGAAAGACCCCGUCAACACCAAGAUUGCCCUGAUCACCGUCUCCGACAAGGACACGGACGUGAACGGCAAAGUGAUCUGCUUCAUCGAGAGGGAGGUCCCGUUCCACCUGAAGGCCGUGUACGACAACCAGUACCUGCUGGAGACCUCCUCCCUGCUGGACUACGAGGGCACCAAAGAAUUCAGCUUUAAGAUCGUGGCCUCGGACUCGGGGAAGCCCAGUCUGAACCAGACGGCCCUGGUGAGGGUCAAGCUGGAGGACGAGAAUGACAACCCACCCGUUUUCAGCCAGCCUGUCAUCGAGCUGUCCGUCUCGGAGAACAACCGGCGCGGGCUCUACCUAACCACCAUCAGCGCCACCGACGAGGACAGCGGGAAGAACGCAGACAUCGUGUACCAGCUGGGCCCCAACGCCUCCUUCUUUGACCUGGACCGCAAGACGGGGGUCCUGACCGCCUCCAGGGUCUUCGACCGGGAGGAGCAGGAGCGCUUCAUCUUCACGGUCACGGCCCGGGAUAACGGGACGCCGCCGCUGCAGAGCCAGGCGGCCGUCAUCGUCACGGUGCUGGACGAGAACGACAACAGCCCCAAGUUCACGCACAACCACUUCCAGUUCUUCGUGUCGGAGAACCUGCCCAAGUACAGCACGGUGGGCGUGAUCACCGUGACGGACGCCGACGCGGGCGACAACAAGGCCGUGACCCUCUCCAUCCUGCACGACCACGACAACUUCGUGCUGGACCCCGCCUCGGGCGUCAUCCGGUCCAACGUGUCGUUCGACCGCGAGCAGCAGAGCUCCUACACCUUCGACGUGAAGGCCACGGACGGCGGGCAGCCGGCGCGCUCCUCCACGGCCAAGGUCACCAUCAACGUGAUGGACGUGAACGACAACAGCCCCGUGGUCAUCUCGCCGCCGUCCAACACGUCCUUCCGGCUGGUGCCGCUGUCCGCCAUCCCGGGCUCCGUGGUGGCCGAGGUGUUCGCCGUGGACAUCGACACGGGCAUGAACGCCGAGCUCAAGUACACCAUCGUGAGCGGCAACGGCAAGGGCCUCUUCCGCAUCGACCCGGUCACGGGCAACAUCACGCUGGAGGAGAAGCCCUCCGCGGGCGACGUGGGGCUGCACCGCCUGGUGGUGAACAUCAGCGACCUGGGCUACCCCCGGGCCCUGCACACGCUCGUGCUCGUCUUCCUUUAUGUCAACGACACGGCCGGGAACGCCUCCCACAUCCACGACCUCAUCCGCAGGACCCUGGAGACGCCCCUGGACAGGAACAUCGGGGACAGCAGCCAGCCCUACCAGAACGAGGACUACCUCACCAUCCUGAUCGCCGUGGUGGCCGGGGCCAUGGUGGUGCUGGCGGUCAUCUUCGUGACCGUGCUGGUGCGCUGCCGCCACGCGUCCCGCUUCAAGGCGGCGCAGCAGCGGGGCAAGCAGGGGGGCGCCGCCGCCGAGUGGAUGUCCCCCAACCAGGACGGGGGCAAGCAGGGCAAGAAGAAGAAGAGGAAGAAGAGGAGGUCCCCCAAGAGCUCCCUGCUGAACUUUGUCACCAUCGACGAGUCCAAGCGCUGCGACGAUGACGACGACGACGCCGCAGCGCACCAGCCCAUCAACGGGACCAUCAGCAGCCUGCCCGCCGCCGAGCUGGAGGAGCAGGGCCUGGGCCGCUUCGACUGGGGCCCCGCGCCGCCCACCACCACCUUCAAGCCCGGCAGCCCGGACCUGGCCAAGCACUACAAGUCCGCCUCCCCGCAGCCCGCCUUCCACCUCAAGCCCGACACCCCGCUGUCCGGCAAGAAGCACCACGUGAUCCAGGAGCUCCCCCUGGACAACACCUUCGUCGGCGGGGGCUGCGACACGCUUUCCAAACGCUCCUCCACUAGCUCAGAUCACUUCAGUGCCUCGGAGUGCAGCUCCCAAGGAGGCUUCAAGACAAAGGGCCCCUUACACACCAGACAGUGUAACUCACACAGCAAAAGUGACAAUAUUCCUGUCACUCCUCAGAAAUGUCCCAGCUCCGCGGGUUUCCACAUGCAGGAGAAUGAAGAAAGCCAUUAUGAGUCGCAGCGGCGCGUUACCUUUCACCUGCCCGACGGCUCCCAGGAAAGCUGCAGUGACAGUGGUCUAGGCGACCACGAGCCGGUGGGUAGUGGAACCCUGAUCUCACACCCUCUUCCUCUGGUUCAGCCACAGGACGAGUUCUACGACCAGGCCUCUCCGGACAAGAGGACCGAGGCGGACGGCAACUCUGACCCCAACUCCGAUGGGCCUCUGGGCCCCCGAGGAUUAGCUGAAGCUACAGAGAUGUGCACUCAGGAGUGCUUGGUUUUGGGUCACUCUGAUAAUUGCUGGAUGCCUCCUGGCUUAGGUCCAUAUCAACACCCCAAGUCUCCUCUCUCAACUUUUGCACCCCAGAAAGAAUGGGUCAAGAAGGACAAGCUUGUGAAUGGGCACACCCUUACCAGAGCCUGGAAAGAAGACAGCAACAGGAACCAGUUCAAUGACCGGAAGCAGUUUGGCUCCAAUGAAGGCCAUUUCAACAAUGGCAGCCACAUGACAGACAUUCCUCUGGCCAACCUGAAGUCUUAUAAGCAACAAGGAGGUGCUAUGGAGAGUCCGAAGGAACACCAACUCUAA